AAAUUGUUCUCUGAAGUAGUUUUGCUACUUUGCACUCCUGCCAGCAGUUAUAAAAGUUCUCUUUGCAUCUUGGUAGCAUUUGAUUUUGGUCAGCCUUCUUAAUCGAGAAGAUGUAAUAUGGUAUCUACUAAUGGCCUUAACUUACAUUUCCUUAUCUACUACUGGCCUUAACAUUUCCAUGAUUUUUUAUGAGGUUGGGCAUGUUCUCAUGUAUUUUAUUCACUUGUCAUCUUCCAUGAAAUGCCCAUUCAUGUCAUUUGCCCAUUAUUUAUUGGGUUGUUUGUCUUUUACUUAUUUCUUUUUUGGGGGGGUGCUAUUUAUUCAUGACAAGUAUCUCACAUCCAUGAUCUUCUUUAGUCAGAAGUUCUUUGAAACAAUGCCAUCGGCCUUGACCAGAGUGGAGUCGUUUCUCUCACCCAUCCUGUGAAUGGUGCCGCCACAGAUAGCGUAGGUUUUAAACUGGCCAUUGAACCUGCCCGUCACCUUCAGCCACUUUCAUGUGAAUGGAUGCGUGGUCCUUGGUGCCGAUGAUGCGGUUGCUAGAGGAGCGUUUUCACGGCACAUAUAGGUCCACGAACUCGCUGGCAUCAUUUUGCCUGCCAAGGGUGCACCUGCUGCCACUGCCACUAGCGCCACAUCAUAAUUCCGAAUCAUGUCUGAUAACGGAGAACUGGAAGACAAGCCUCCAGCACCUCCUGUGCGAAUGAGCAGUACCAUUUUUAGCAGUGGAGGCAAAGACCCUUUGUCAGCCAAUCACAGUUUGAAACCUUUGCCCUCUGUUCCAGAGGAAAAAAAGCCCAGGAAUAAAAUCAUCUCUAUAUUCUCAGGCACAGAGAAAGGAAGUAAGAAGAAAGAAAAGGAACGGCCAGAAAUUUCUCCUCCAUCUGAUUUUGAGCACACCAUUCAUGUUGGCUUUGAUGCAGUUACUGGAGAAUUCACUGGCAUGCCAGAACAGUGGGCUCGAUUAUUACAGACCUCCAAUAUCACCAAACUAGAGCAAAAGAAGAAUCCUCAGGCCGUGCUGGAUGUCUUAAAGUUCUAUGACUCCAACACGGUGAAGCAGAAAUAUCUGAGCUUUACUCCUCCUGAGAAAGAUGGCUUCCCUUCUGGAACACCAGGACUGAAUACCAAGGGGUCUGAAACAUCAGCAGUAGUAACAGAGGAAGAUGAUGAUGAUGAAGAGGCUGCCCCUCCUGUUAUUGCCCCACGACCGGAUCAUACAAAAUCAAUUUAUACACGGUCUGUAAUUGACCCUAUUCCUGCACCAGUUGGUGAUUCUAAUGUUGAUAGUGGUGCCAAGUCUUCUGACAAACAGAAAAAGAAGACCAAAAUGACAGAUGAAGAGAUUAUGGAGAAAUUAAGAACUAUUGUGAGCAUAGGUGACCCUAAGAAAAAAUACACAAGAUAUGAAAAAAUUGGGCAAGGGGCUUCUGGUACAGUUUUCACUGCUACUGAUGUGGCAUUGGGACAGGAGGUUGCUAUUAAACAGAUUAAUUUACAGAAACAGCCAAAGAAGGAAUUAAUCAUUAAUGAAAUUCUAGUGAUGAAAGAAUUGAAGAAUCCCAACAUAGUUAAUUUCUUAGACAGCUACCUGAUGGGAGAUGAAUUGUUUGUGGUAAUGGAGUACCUUGCUGGGGGAUCACUUACUGAUGUCGUGACGGAAACCUGCAUGGAUGAAGCACAGAUUGCGGCUGUAUGCAGAGAGUGUUUACAGGCAUUGGAGUUUUUACAUGCUAAUCAAGUGAUCCACAGAGACAUCAAAAGUGACAAUGUGCUUUUGGGGAUGGAAGGAUCGGUUAAACUUACUGACUUCGGUUUCUGUGCCCAGAUCACCCCUGAGCAGAGCAAGCGAAGUACCAUGGUUGGAACGCCAUACUGGAUGGCACCAGAGGUGGUUACACGGAAAGCUUAUGGCCCUAAAGUGGACAUAUGGUCUCUGGGUAUCAUGGCUAUUGAGAUGGUAGAAGGAGAGCCUCCAUACCUCAAUGAAAAUCCCUUGAGGGCCUUGUACCUGAUAGCAACUAAUGGAACCCCAGAACUUCAGAAUCCAGAGAAACUUUCCCCAAUAUUUCGGGAUUUCUUAAACCGUUGUUUGGAAAUGGAUGUGGAGAAAAGGGGUUCGGCCAAAGAAUUGUUACAGCAUCCCUUCCUGAAACUGGCCAAACCAUUGUCCAGCUUGACGCCACUGAUCAUGGCAGCUAAAGAAGCAAUGAAGAGUAACCGUUAGCAUCAUUGCCGUGGCCUCGUAUUCUUUCUUCCAUUUUCUAAAAGAAAUCUUUUAAUAUAUGAAAAUUAUUACUCUUUGGGGCUUAAAGAAAUGGUCUGUAUAACAUGGAGGAAAAAGCAAACUACUGCUUCCUGAAGACAACCAAGAGAAAAUUACAAAACGGAAUGAAAACUUUCCAUUGAAUCCCUUCUUUAUAGGGUCCAAAAGGAAUUAUGGACUGAAUCACUAGCCAUCUUUCAGCAGACAGCCCAUCAGGGCCAUUUAUCAUGCUUGAGAUUUGCAUUUAAUUUUGCUGAUUUCACUGUAAUGGAUCCCAUUCAUUGUCCCUUUUGGGGGGGGAGGGUAUUUUCAAUACUUGAAUGGCAGAUUCGAGUUUUUCAAGAGUAUUUGUUUCAUCUGCUAGUCUUUUCUCUCCAUAGCCUUUUUUUCCCUUGACAUGCUCUUUUUGAGUUGCUUUGAGAAAUUUUUCUCAAGCCUAAAUUUGAGGCAAAUGUAAUAAAAUUAUGUAGUUCCUUAUAUUGGCAAAGGAGCUCAAAAUCGUUUAGCUUUGUAUAGAAGUUAGGGCCAGCUAUUAUUACACGUAGUAUUUCAGUUCAUAAUUUGAACUGAAGGAAGGGAAGAAAAAUAUGUGAUUUUUACCUUUUUUAAUAAUGUGAAAGUCAAUUUUAGAAAUUUCAUGGUAGUGAGUUGUUUGGCAUUUGUUACAUGUAUAAUAGAGAGACUAAUAAUCUAUAUUUAUAACUAAAUCAUUGAGACAGAAAAAGAAUCCCAUUGACUAUACAACCUUACAAUUUAAUUUCCUUUCUAAGUGUAUCCUCUUCAGAUUGGGCUUUAGGAACCAAAGUUAUUUGCUCUUUCUUGUUCCAACUUGGGCUUUGUGACUGGUUGGUAUUGCUACUUUGCCCUUCCCCCUUUUUUCCCUUCAUUUUGGAAAUAAGUUUCUGUAUAUGUUGUAAUUUUAGUUAGUUUGUUUUUUAAUUAACCCUCGCACCCUACUCCACCCCUCUCCCUUUGGUAAAUAAUAUAAUAACCAUUGAAUUUUCAGAAUUUAAAAGUUAAUUUUUUUCCCAUUUAAAGAAGAAAAAUACUCGGAGCUAGCAGAAACAAAGCGAGAGACUAGAACUCUAAAAUAAUUAGGUAAGAUUAUAUUCAUGUAAGAGAAAUGACGGUUACAUAGAGAUGCGGCUUCUGACCAGUAAACUGUGGAGAUUUGUUAUAAACAUUGUUCCCAACCCAGUACCAACAUUUUACUAGCAAUGAGAACUUAACAUGACAAAGUUCUUGAUAAAUUCAUUGAUUAUUUGAGAUGUUGAGUUACUCUAGAUUUUUUUCAAAAAAAAUAAUGUGUAAAAAAAAACUAGAGAAAGGAAGAAAAAUGAAAUAUCCUUGUUGAUAGCAAUACUUUUUUUAUUUUAAAAAUUUUAAGAAGGUCUGUGACCUGUAGCAUUAAUUAUGAGAGUGCCCUCUCUUCUCCCCUCCCCAUUCUCUCCUUAUUUUUUAUUUUCUUAUGGAAGCAGUGUCAUCCCUCAAGCCACAUUAAAGAAAACAAUCUGGUUUGGUUCAGGCAUUUUGUUCCCACCACCACUCUUAAUUAACUUCACACCUACUUGCCGUCAGUAGUACAAAUCAUGAAUAAAAAUAAUUUUGAGUACAUUAAGGGAA